AGCCAGCGACGCGCGAAGGUGAGGGAAGUUCCCUCAGGGAACCGUAUCACUGUAUCACACGCAACGCAGUGUCCCUGGAUCAGAUCAGAAUUCAACUGAGGUCAACAUUGGCGAUUCCAACCGGAACCACAUCAGGGAACAGUUCAGUCAAUACAAGCAGUUGAGGUUGGUCGGAGAGCUGUUUGAGCGAAGAAAGCCCUCUCGCCAAGUUCGAGGAGAGAAUUUCCCACAAACGCUCGUCGACCUACGGAGAGAGAACCCCGAGCACGGGAAGUGUGAUCUUAAACGGAGGUCAAAGAAGACCCACGUUGAUCUGAUCACUCUGGUCGAGGCCGACCGAAGGAACCGAGAAUUGGCGAGUGGUCUCCUCCAGUCCUCGCCGGUCCUGCCACCCCAUCAGCAUGGAGACGCCGAAGCUCGCCGACCUGGCGGUGGACACCGCGGAGGCGGCGCUGCGCGUCGCGCGCCUGCGACUGCAGUCCGCGGAGGUCGAAGCAGACGCCGCCAGGACGUCUGUGCAGCUGGCCGAGCUCAGCAGAGACCACGCCGUCAAGCGCAGGGAGCUGGGCACGCUGCGGCAGCAGGCGGACGCUAGCAGUGGGAAUGGGGUCCCGGUCAACGCUCCCUCGCCGCCCACUUCCCCGGCAGCCAAGAGGGCGAAAACAGCAGCUUCUGACGCUCUAGUGGAGGCCGAGAGACGUUUGGCAGAGGUCCAGAGUCAGGAGCCGGAGGCCCAGAAGGCGGUGGAGGCGGCGAGGGGCCGCGCGGAGGACCUGAGGCGCCGCCUGGAGCAGUGCCAGCGAGAGAUGCGCGAGACUCUGCGCCAGCUCGCCGACCUGCGCGCUGCACAGGGGCAGGUGGAGCAGCCAGGCGGAGCUCAAACUCACAAGGUGGGGCUGGCCUCGCUGCCCGAGGACGAGUUGCUGCUGGUGCUGAGCCACCUCGAGCCCAGGGAGCUGUUCGCGUGCCGACGAGUCUGCCGCCGGUGGGCAAACGUGGCGAUGCAUCGGGACUUGUGGAGUAAGAGGAGCCUCAGGCUCAGUUUCAGACUUGACGACGCUGGGCUGAUCGCUGCAGUAUUACGUCGAAGCCCUUGCCUGCGCAGCCUCACCUUGGAUUGUAACGCUUUCGACCGUCUUGGCGCUCUGCUCGCGCUCUCGGGGUGCGCUGUGUCGGAACUUGACAUCACAGUCAGAGCAGAGCACGCAGUCCUCUGGGCGAUGCUGCUGAGGAAGCAAGCUUCAAUGGGGCGGCUCAAAAAGCUGAAGGUAGAGGUUGAAAGUUACAAUGUCCUGAAAAGUCCAUGUGCCGUACUCCGACACCUACUCCAAGAAGUUCUCUACACCCGGGGUCUAGAAACGAUCAAGCUGGAAUUAUCAGCUGACUUCGGCAAAGCUGAGGAUCUUCUCAAGGCAAUGAAGUACGAGCACCGUCCUCCGCCGGCCCUGCGGAAGCUGGUGCACGAUAACAAGUUCGCGGACCCGUACCUGCCCCUGCAACUGGAGUGGCACGCGGCCACGCUGGAGGUCGUGAGAUUCCAAAGUGCGUUCGACGGCGCCGCUUCUCACCUCAGCGCGCUGCCCCGCCUGCGGGAGUUGCGUUGCCCCCCGCUGUUCGACAUGGAGGACCUGCACUGCCCGGCGCUCAGGGCACUCCACCUGCGGCUCGACGUGAGCGACGCCAAGCGGCCGUGUCUGCCCGGGGCGGGAGCGUUCCUUCGCGACGCCGUGGCCCACCUGGAGGAGCUGACCCUGGAGUACGCCCAGGACGAGGAGAGCGCCGCCGCCGUCAACCUGGUGCUGAGCCUGGCGGGCCGCGGCAGCGCCACACCGGCACUGCGUCGCCUCGCGUUCUACUACAGAGACUUCGUGGGCAUGGUUCAAGAAGUGACGCGCCCCCUGACCGCCGUCCUUCACCGCCUGCAACGCCUCGUGUCGCUCGACAUUUGUGGGCCACUUCCACAGGACUUCUUGGACGCCCUCGACGGCAAGGUGCUGCCCCUCCUGGAGGAGCUGAGCUUCACCUUCUCGGUCGACUGCCCGCACGCCUGGACGCACGGCGCUGUUGCCAAGAGUGUCCUUCGGCGCUAUCCGCGGCUGCACUUGGUGGUGGACCCCAUCCAUGAUCCGUCGGAGUGUUUGCUUUGUGUGGCCAUGCCCUGUCACGACUUGGCCGAGGAUGAACCUUUCACUAUAUUCAGCCAUCCCGUCAAGACGUCCUGUGGCCGGAAGCACAUGUCACAAGAAGUGCAUAUCGCCCAAGACUGACUCCGACAGUAUUGCUCGCGAAAUAUGUGGCAACUUUCCUGUCGUGAUUUUCCAAGUUUGAUUCAAAUGGACUCAAUUUCAAUAGCCUCAUCUGAAUGGUGAGUUGUUGUUGUUGUUGAGAACGGAAGUUGUUCAAAGUGCUCUUUUGUAUGGUUCGUUUGUUUAUCUCUGAUAUCAAAUUUCACAAGAAAUGACAGUGUUUUCUGUUUCGUUGGCAGGUAAAGACUUAAGUUGUUGAAUAUUUUGCCAAUUUGUAAUCGGAAUGUAAUCAGUUUUAAUGAUUAAAUAUCAUUUCAAUACA